CACGUGAGGCUCCACCGAAGCACCACGCGCAGCAAGAACAAACCGGCUGCUAACGAUCACUGUAUCACGUCACUGAGAAGCAGCGGCGGCGAGCGAGCUCUGGACCACAAACUACUGCCGUACGGGCACGGCGGAGCGGAUCAAUCUAGUCUCAGGUCCAGACAGCGCGAGGAAGAUGGCGGACGACCCCAGCGCAGCGGACAGGAACGUGGAAAUUUGGAAGAUUAAGAAGUUGAUCAAAAGCCUCGAGGCGGCCAGAGGCAAUGGCACCAGUAUGAUCUCCCUCAUAAUCCCACCCAAGGAUCAGAUCUCGCGUGUUGCGAAGAUGUUGGCUGAUGAGUUCGGUACAGCUUCGAACAUCAAGAGCAGAGUCAACAGACUGUCUGUACUGGGAGCCAUUACUUCAGUACAGCAGAGACUCAAACUCUACAACAAAGUGCCUCCUAAUGGCCUGGUGGUGUAUUGUGGCACCAUAGUGACAGAGGAAGGCAAAGAGAAGAAAGUUAACAUCGAUUUUGAGCCAUUUAAACCAAUCAACACUUCCUUGUAUUUAUGUGACAACAAGUUCCAUACUGAGGCUCUAACAGCUCUCCUGUCAGACGACAGCAAAUUUGGCUUCAUUGUGAUUGAUGGUAGUGGUGCCCUAUUUGGGACUUUACAAGGCAACACAAGGGAGGUGCUGCACAAAUUCACUGUGGACCUGCCCAAAAAGCACGGUAGAGGAGGACAGUCUGCUCUUCGUUUUGCUCGUUUGAGAAUGGAGAAGAGACAUAACUAUGUGCGUAAGGUAGCGGAGACAGCUGUGCAACUUUUCGUGUCCAAUGACAAGGUCAACGUGGCAGGACUGGUUCUCGCUGGAUCGGCCGACUUCAAGACGGAGCUCAGCCAGUCAGACAUGUUUGAUCCGAGGUUACAAGCGAAGGUUCUGAAGCUGGUCGACAUAUCAUAUGGAGGAGAGAACGGUUUCAACCAGGCCAUCGAGCUCUCGGCGGAAGUGCUGUCUAAUGUCAAGUUCAUCCAAGAAAAGAAACUAAUAGGUCGAUAUUUUGAUGAGAUCAGUCAGGACACAGGGAAAUAUUGUUUCGGAGUUGAAGACACACUCAAAGCGCUGGAGAUGGGUGCAGUGGAGAUCCUUAUAGUUUACGAGAACCUUGACACUAUGCGUUAUGUCCUACGCUGUCAUGGGGAGAAUACUACACCGGAAAAUGAUGAAAAGAUCCUCUAUCUGACACCUGAACAGGAGAAGGACAAGUCUCAUUUCACUGACAAGGAGACUGGUCAGGAGCAUGAGCUGAUCGAGAGCAUGCCACUGCUUGAGUGGUUUGCCAAUAACUACAAGAAGUUUGGGGCCACGCUGGAAAUUGUUACAGACAAAAGCCAGGAGGGCUCGCAGUUUGUGAAAGGCUUUGGAGGCAUCGGUGGAAUCUUGAGGUACCGGGUGGAUUUCCAAGGCAUGGAGUACCAGGGAGAUGAUGAUGAGUUCUUUGAUUUAGAUGACUACUAGGUAGUCGGGACUGACACAAAAUUCAAAUAUAAGAUUUUCCCCCCUUCACCUACCCCGCAAACGGCAGGGGAGCGAAGGAGAUCGAAUCAGCAGGAGGGAGAAUGAUGAGAAAAUGGCGGAUGGUCUGCGUGUCCCUGGCUUUAGAAUACAGCGACUUCAUCUCUGGACUGGAAGAGACUGAGUUUUCUCCUCUCCACUAAUUACUGGGUCAUCGCAACGAGCAUGGCCGUGGCCCAUCUGCCUGUCCUGCCUCAGCUCUUCACGAAAACACUCUAGGCUUUCAGAUCUACUUUUUUCUUCCCUUCUAAUCUCACUCCUUCCUUUGCCUCUCCUUUUAUAAUGGCAUCUGCUGCUGUUGUAUUUUAUUCAAAUGUAUUAUAUUUUCUCUUAUUCAGUGUAUGAAGAAAGCAGUAGCAAACGAUUAGAUCCAUACUGCUUACCUAACCACCUCAAGCCCAUUGCCAGGCCUGCGUUCUAAUUCCCUGGUUAGCCCACACUUGAUUUGUUGCCUUGUUUUCUGCUGUAAAACCGUGUGGUGGUGGUGGUGAUGCACUCUGAGCCAGCGGUACACCCUGCUCCUCCUCCCAUCGCAUUGUGCCCACUUUGAGGCAUUUCUCGCUUUCAGACGGACCAUAUAGUAACUGGACCCAUCUCUCCAUGAAGACCGAGAUCCAUCUUUCACAGUACAUUGCCCUCACUUGUUUUUUCCUCAGCUCCCAGGAGAUGCUACUUCUCGAAAUAAACUAUAUAUGAGUGCCUGAA